AUGGAUGGGCGAGGCGAGUCGAGUGACCAGAGGUCUUCGACGCUGCAGGUCCAAGGCAGGGGACUCCCUGUCAUCGAACCCCUGCAGGACUACAGCUCGGGCUACAAGGCUGUCCCUUACUUGAAGCCUCUCGGCAUGGUCUUUGAGCAGGCCCCUGUGUUGAGGAGGGUGAGGCCACAAGGUGCUUUCAUGGUGCCCAUGGAGGAGACGAACAGGCGUCCAUAUGUCGUCCAACCACUCGCUCAGCGUCAGGUUGGGUCGUUCCGGGCAGCCCCUCCUCUCGACGACGGCCUGCGCCAGAAGGAGAUCAGCGACAUCCUUGCAAUCAUUCGGGACAGCGCUGAAUUGAGAUCUGAUUUCGAGAGGUCCUCUUUUGUGGGGAGCAAGGAGUUGUCGUUUCUGAGAGCAAUGGUCCAGUGCAAGAGGCACAUCUACGGUGCAGAGUCAAGGGCUGGAGGGGAGAUGGCACCGAGAAGAAAGUGGGCGGAAGAGAACCAUGAUUGGGCUACGGCAAGGUUUGCUGGCAGGAAGUAUUACGGCAAGGACAAGAAAACUGACGGGAUGCCCGACAUCUCCAACAUGUUUGGCAUGAGUCAAUCAGCAACGAGGGCUGCUGAAGGCGCUUCGGUUGCGCAGAAAGCUGCUCAGAUCGUCGCAGAGCAAGCUCCAGCAUCGGCUCCCUCUCAAGGAGAUGAGGUAGAAAGCGGAGCAGCUUGUGGACAGUGCUAUCGAGAAGGCGCUGAUCGAGAGGAUGCGUAG